GAAGUUUUCUGCAGAGACGCACUCUUUCGCAGAGUGACUUCCAGGGUCUUCAUGCAGCCAUGGAUCUGGAUAAACCAUCUGUCUGGGGCUCAUUCAAGCAGAGGACCCGGCCUUUGUUUCUCAACCUGGGCAAGAAGAAGGUGAAAAAGAACCCAGACAAAGCCCUGGAUGUGCGGGGAAGGCAUCACCACCUGGAUCGGCGCCUCAGCCUCUCCGUCCCUGACCUGCUGGAGGCCAAGGCCAUGGCCCCCGAGGGGCGGCCUUACUCAGGGCCGCAGUCGUCCUACACCUCGGUGCCCAGCAGCCUGUCCACGGCAGGGAUCUUCCCCAAGAGCAGCAGCAGCUCCCUGAAGCAGUCUGAAGAAGACCUGGACUGGAGCCAGGAGGAAGCGGGCCGCCUCCACGUGCCGGACACAGACGCCGAGGAGCCCUUCGUGUCCCCCGCCGAGGACAGGAGGGCUUCCAGCAACGGCGUGUAUGAUCUGCUCCCGCAGAGGCCCCGCCGAGACGAGGUGCUGGAAGAGCCAGAGAAGCUCUGUGGAAAUGAUGAUCUCAGUGCUUCUGUGACAUCCCAGCAUUUUGAAGAACAAUCGGCUCUUGGGGAAGCCGGCGAUGGCGUGAGUAACCUCCCCAGCCCGUUCGCCUACUUGCUGACCAUACACCUGAAGGAGGGACGGAACCUGGUCAUCCGGGACCGCUGCGGCACAAGUGAUCCCUACGUGAAAUUUAAGCUGAACGGGAAGACUCUGUACAAAAGUAAAGUCAUAUAUAAGAACCUGAACCCAGUUUGGGAUGAAAUAGUCGUAUUGCCAAUACAAAGCCUUGAUCAAAAGCUACGCGUGAAGGUAUAUGAUCGAGAUUUGACUACGUCUGAUUUCAUGGGAUCUGCGUUUGUCAUUCUCAGUGAUCUUGAACUUAACAGAACAACUGAACAUAUUUUAAAAUUGGAAGAUCCAAACAGUUUAGAAGAUGACAUGGGAGUGAUUGUGUUAAAUCUGAACCUCGUGGUAAAGCAGGGUGAUUUCAAGAGACAUCGUUGGUCAAAUCGGAAACGGUUAAGUGCCAGCAAGUCCUCUUUGAUACGCCACCUACGACUCUCAGACUCCUUGAAAAAGAACCAACUCUGGAACGGGAUUAUAAGCAUAACUUUGUUGGAAGGAAAGAAUGUCUCAGGAGGAAACAUGACAGAGAUGUUUGUCCAGUUAAAACUGGGAGAUCAGAGGUAUAAAAGUAAGACACUGUGUAAGAGUGCAAAUCCGCAGUGGCGGGAAGAGUUUGACUUUCACUACUUCUCUGACAGGAUGGGCAUCUUGGACAUUGAAGUGUGGGGAAAGGACAGCAAAAAGCACGAGGAGCGUCUGGGCACGUGUAAAGUGGACAUCGCGGCCCUCCCACUCAAGCAGGCCAACUGCUUGGAGCUGCCACUGGACAGCUGCCUAGGAGUUCUCUUGAUGUUGGUCACACUUACUCCCUGCGCGGGAGUCUCCGUCUCGGACCUGUGUGUGUGCCCCUUGGCAGACCCCAGCGAAAGAAAGCAGAUUGCCCAGCGAUAUGGCUUCCGGAACUCCCUGAGUGAUAUGAAGGACAUCGGCAUUUUACAAGUGAAGGUGUUAAAGGCGGUGGAUCUCCUGGCAGCAGACUUCUCAGGAAAGAGCGAUCCUUUUUGCUUGUUGGAGUUGGGCAAUGACCGGCUUCAGACACACACCAUUUACAAAACCCUCAACCCUGAGUGGAACAAAGUUUUUACAUUCCCCGUUAAAGAUAUCCAUGAUGUUUUGGAAGUGACAGUGUUUGAUGAAGAUGGAGAUAAACCCCCUGAUUUUCUUGGAAAAGUUGCCAUUCCUUUGCUGUCCAUUCGAGAUGGACACACCAAUUGUUACGUAUUGAAGAAUAAAGAUUUAGAACAAGCUUUUAAAGGACUUAUUUAUUUGGAAAUGGACUUCAUAUAUAAUCCGGUCAAAGCGAGUAUUAGGACCUUCAGUCCCAGAGAAAAGCGCUUCGUUGAGGAUAGUCGCAAGCUGUCCAAAAAGAUCUUAUCAAGAGAUGUAGACCGUGUGAAAAGAAUCACCAUGGCAAUAUGGAAUACAAUACAAUUCCUUAAAAGCUGCUUCCAGUGGGAGUCCACGUUGAGAAGUGCAAUAGCAUUCGUGGUAUUUCUGCUCACUGUCUGGAAUUUUGAACUGUACAUGAUCCCCCUGGCAUUACUGCUGCUUUUUGUCUACAAUGUCAUCAGACCCGUGAAAGGGAAGGUCGGCAGCAUGCAGGACAGCCAGGAGAGCACAGACCUAGAGGAUGAGGAGGAGGAAGAUGACAAGGAAUCCGAGAAAAAAGGCUUGAUUGAAAGAAUCUAUAUGGUACAGGAUAUUGUUUCAACAGUUCAAAACGUCUUGGAGGAAAUCGCUUCUUUUGGAGAAAGAAUUAAAAACACGUUUAACUGGACGGUCCCGUUCCUUUCCUUCCUGGCCUGUUUGAUCCUGGCGGUGGCUACCAUCACGCUGUAUUUCAUUCCACUUCGGUACAUCAUUUUAAUCUGGGGCAUAAAUAAAUUUACUAAGAAGCUUCGAAACCCUUACGCCAUCGACAAUAAUGAACUCCUAGACUUCCUCUCCAGGGUUCCGUCUGAUGUUCAGAAGGUGCAGUACGCGGAGCUGAGACCCUGCAGCAGCCAGAGCCCCCUUCGGAAGAAGCGCAGUGGUCUCUAGGACGCGGCCUGGGACACCAGCGCCCGGUUCUGUGUUGGGGUGAUUAGACCAAUACCAUCCCUCUUUCAGUGGUACCCGUGGUGUUAUUCUGAAAUGCGUGUUGUGUGGCGCCCUGUCUGUAUCCCCAUCCCCUUCUUCAAGUGCACAGAG